GCGAACAUGCGCGUCUGAGCUAAAGAGGAUCCUGAAGGACGCGCCAUAGAUAGAACCUGCGAGUGUCCAAUCUAUCCAAUAAGGAAAGUAUUGCUGUGAAAGACUAAAUUUUCGCUGAAGAGGAGGCCCUGCACCAGGUGUUCCCCCAGCUAACCGACGCCAGCUGUGAUGUACCUCCCCUGGGUCGUCUGCCUGCUGAAGCUCCCUCUAAUGGCCCUGGCAUGGAGGUCCCCAACCUGUCACACCACUCCCGAAGAGUCUCUGGAGUGCUACAACGACUACUUUGACGACAAGAAAGUCAAAAAAGACUACACGCCCAAUAUCUCCUGCAGCUGGACUGAAUGCCACACACACAGAUCUCUGAACCUCAGCGAUGAGAACAGAUCCCCGUGUGUGGUCACUAACAGCACCAACAGCUCAGAGUCUGAUGGUGUGGUCAGCGUGAGCUGUGUGUAUGACGCCAGUAAGAUCAGCUUCACCAUCGGCAGAAGGUACAAAUUCCACUUCCACAGUCGUCACCACACCGCCAAACCCACAAAACUCUCCGCCAACCUGGCCCAACAUGUGCACGUGAUGACCCCUCAGAAGCUCUCUGUAGAUCCCCUGGCGGACGGCGGUCCCCGGCUGAGCUGGCCCAGCCCCUACGACAACUCCUCGUCUUUGGCCUCUGACCUCCUCUACCAGGUGACCUAUGGAACCGCUGGCCAGGACUGGACGACACUCCACAGCAAUCGCACUGCGCACCACAUCAAAGGGGAAACCUUGUUGCCCGGGCGACAGUAUGAAGCCAAGGUGCGAGCUCGUGCGGGUCCAUGGCAGUGGAGUCAGUGGAGCCCCCUGGUGGCUUGGAAGACUAAGGAAGAGCUGGCUCCCUCUGAUUUCCAGUGUGUGGUUGACAGCGUUUCCAUGGUAACGUGUGGGUGGAAGCUGAAGAGAGAGCAUGCUCAAUUCCUCAAGUACAGCCUGAGCUGUUACCACCUCUCCAACAACACACGUGUGCCAUGUUGUCUAAACCCUGGCUUGACCUCUGACCCCAACUCUGCGGUGCUGGACUUCAGUUGCUCCCUCGGUGUCUCUGACAUGCAGGACAUAAGAGUCGAGCUGACCCCUACAGAGGUUUCCAAAGUCUUCCCGUCCUGGAAGAACAUCCAGCCCCCGUCUCCCCCCAGCUUCCGUGCGGAGGUGAAGGACGAGGGCUGGGUUCUGCGCUGGGACCGACCCAAUGUCCAGCCCAACGUCAAGCUCUGCUACAAGCUGCGCUACAAACCCGAGGAGACUGACGAGUGGAAGACCAUCUCCCUCUGUGCCACCUCCACGUCCUUUUCCGGAAACCAGCUCCUCCCCGACACCACGUAUGUUGCCAGCGUCCAAGCCGUGCUGGACGAAUCGGCCACCUAUGCUGGAAUCCCCUCUGCCUGGUCCGCAGCUGUGGAAUGGAAGACACCUACAGCUGGUGUUUCUCCGGCCCUCAUCUUGUAUAUCGCCGUGGCAUUGAUUGUUGUGCUCCUUUUCAUCUUCAUGGUGGUCAUGCUGCCGAAAUGCCAAAAGAUGAUGCAAGACUGGAAGCGGUCCAUUCCAUCUCCAACACACAGCAAAGUUUUGUCAGAAGUGAUUAAGAAGAAGGCCAGUGACUGGUUGUACGUGGUCAAUGAGAAGGAGAAGGUGUCCAUGUGCACUAUACAGGACCAAGAGGACACUCGCUCCCGACUCAGUUCCUGUAAGGAGCAUCUGUGGUCCUGCACCGAUGACGACGGUGACCGAGACUCCCUCCAGCUGGUGACGUACCACACCGGCUCCACCAUCGGGGGGCGCUCUGGGCCGCUGGACAGCUCCGGCAUGAGCUUCAAUGGGCCCUACAUCUUCUUCCGCAAGGAGUCCGGCCCGUCCAGCUCAGAGUCCGACGCGGGCAGCUGCGGCUCGUCUUCGGACCCCGCGUCCCCGUCCUCGUCCAAGAGCCUGAUGUCCCCCGUCUCGGAUGUGUCCUUCCUGUCCUCGCUGUCCGAGGUGCCCGUCUCGGAUGUGUCCUUCCUGUCCUCGCUGUCCGAGGUGCCCGGCGGCUACGUGGCCACCCUGCAGAUGUGCGUGCAUGCAGAGGAGGGUGCUGCCGCGCCGGACGACGCCCCGGACCCCCCCGAAGCCCUCGAAGUCGCUCAGGACCCCGGUGAAGGUGACCGCUCGUCGCGGCUGCCGCCGUCCUGGCACAGUCCGUCCACCGAGGCGGGGGCGCCGCACUCUCUACCGGCGGACCAACCGCCGGCCUACGCACUGCAGCCGCCCGCUCUCCACACUGUGGUGCUCCCGCGGCCCUCUGGCUACUGCUCGCUGCCCAGCCUGGACCUCAGCGGCUGGGCCGCCGCCUGCUCCUCCUCCCCCCCUGCUGCACCUCCUGCUCCAGAGACCACCGCUGGAGCACCCGCAGUCACACCGCCGCAGUCCUGCCCACGGCCACCAGGGGGCGAGCAGGGGGGCGCCAGCGGGGAGAGGCGCCACUAUGUCCGACUGAAGACGGGAUGCACCGCGCUCCAAUCAGAUUUAACAGAGCGGUAACCCACUGUCCAAUCAGAUUGCAGGAUAGGACAACCGCCUGAUAGCUGGCUUGAGGAUUGGAUCCGUUACUGAAGUGUGGCUGAAGACACCGUCCAAUCAGAUGUGAGACUGGACAACUUCCUGGUCAGCAGAACACAAAGCCAAUCCAGCAGCUAAGUCCUUUUAGGCAAGUCCCUCCACUCGGCGGCCAUAUUGCAGCGCUUGCGUGCUUGCUCCCUUUAUGGCAGAAAUGCGUGUGCGCAAGGCUUCACGACACCAAUCUUGCUUCAGCAGCGAGAUCACAAAACAUGAAGGUAUGUGAUAUGUGUAGACAACUGCCAUAUUGGCGUUACAAACUAACCCCAUGCAUUUCUAUGGGGGAUUUUUUGAGUGCUGUGUCUCCUCAUUAGAAAGUCUCUGACUAAGUCUGGUAUUAGCAUUAGCUCAGAUGAGCUAACAGUUUACCGAUGGCAGCUUAGACUUUAGCGGGCGCUGAAGCUUCCAGAACUGGCCAAUAGGUGGCAGCAUGGCACUCUGCCCUGCUAAUGAUGACUCAUUCCACUGAUUUGAGUGACAGCUGUCAGUCAGCCGGUGAGAAGGAGACUCCAGGCUGGUGCAGCUCCAUGUGCUGUGGAUGGUGUCUAUACCAGAGCAGGCUCUUGUAGAAAGGACCUCCUUUCCCUAGAAAGGAUUCAUGAACUCAACGGCACACACACACACACACACGUAUGUAAAAGUGUAUUUCACAUAUGCAUAAACACGUAUGCAUAAUACACACACACAUAUUUAAUCAAAACAUAUUUGUAUCACACACACACACACAGAGUAUAUAAUAUAUAUGGAAUGGUUUAUCUAUUGUUUUACGUUCUUGUGAUAGUUUUGGGACUUGUAAGAAAUGUUUAAAGACUCAUCAGUUCACCUUGCACUUAAUGGAUUAAUUGAUAAUUAGUUAUGGUUGGUUUGUUGAUGUUUUGUGUAAAUAUAGUGUAUUUAUUAGUUAACAUGAAAACUUAUAAUAUUCAUUGUUGAUAUUUGAUAUUGUUAUUAUUAUUGAUAUUCUUAUAAUUUGUACUAUUAUGCUGAUUGUAGGCUUUUAUUUUACAAAAGAGUAAUUUGUACUAUUAUGCUGAUUGUAGACUUUUAUUUUUAUAUAUACACACAGCCAUAAACUGUCAGUGGGCAAUGACUGGCUGGCAAAGUCUACACAAAAAUCUGCUCUAUAUUAGCUGUGAUAGGAAGUCUGUGUGGCAGAGGCGAUGUUUUAUGUACCAAUGAAUGUCAAAGCCAUAUCUCUGAAAAUAUUUCAAUACUAUUUGUAGAAGUGUGAUCAGUGGAUUCAAAUAAAUAAUUUAAAUGUG